UGUGUUUUAAUGUGUUGUGAUGUCAUUUUCCCCGCCGUGCGCUACAUUAAUAUGAAUGCGACCUUACAAAAAGCGUGGAGGUUGUGGAUAUGACUCGGUACAUCAUCUACAAGGCAUCCAACGUUAAAGACAAAACUAACAUCAAAACUACAGGUUUGGAAUAUAUUUACAUUGAUUCAAAGGACCAGACGAAAAAGACCUCUAAAGAUCACAAAGAUAAUAAUGGCAAAGAUAAGCUCAUCAACCAUCCUGACGGUGUCCUGGCAAACACCCUGAAGCCCAUUUUUACCACAUCAUCAACGACAACAGACUUUGGAUUCAUCUCCUACAGCGACCAACCUCCAGCUGUAAAUGGUGUAAAGCCUCCUGUUGGCCCUACGUAUGGUCACAGUAAAGGAGUUGUGAUGAUGGAAAAAGACAAGACAGGAAUCUGGCUCUUACACAGCACACCACGAUUCCCUUUCAAAAGAGAUCAAAACUUCUGGCCAUCCAACGGAGCAAUGAAUGCUCAGACAUUUAUCUGUGUAACAUUCAAGUACAACCAGUUCAAACAGAUAGGUCAACACCUGCUGAACAUCGCAGCCUACCCGUUUGAUCAUCAUAUUCCACUUGGCUUCCAUCAAGAGCUUAUAGAUGUUACAGAGAAGAAAAAAACACCGGGACAGAAAAUCCAGGAUCUGACAUCAGCAGGAUUAACAGGAACAGUGUUUCGUAGCUUUGCUAAACACAACAUUGACAAGGAUAUAAAGGACACAGACGCAAAAAGAUUUGAUGGAGAUCUUUACCGUACUAUUGCAGAGGAAUAUGGCAGUGUGAGAGUCCAGACCUGGCACAGCAAGCCAGAGGAGAUAAUCAACACACAAAAUCAACCUCAAGUGCUCAAUAUUGAAUGUGUAAAAACUGAUCUGGGUAACGGGAAGGUUGCGUGGGGGCCUACUAAAGAUCACUCCAAGUGGUGUGUAGCUGUAGAUAAUAAUAAUCAUUUGAUCUGUAUCGCUGAUAUGAACAGAUGCCUCAGCCAAUACAAAAGGCCGGGCGGCGCACUGUGCUUUGAACAUCAACAGGCAAGUGAACUAUUUAAAGGUCUUAUUGCUAAACCUGAGGAGUGCCCCCCUAAGACUCAAAAGAGACUCUACUCGUCCUCUAGCACUCCACAAUCCUCUAAGAAAGCUGAACUUGCCCAAGCAGCCUCUGACUCUGACUGUAACUGUGACUGUGACUGUGACGAUGACUCUGAUUAAUGAUCGAUAGGAUAAAUACGCCUCUCCUUGUCGUCUUCAAGUCCUGGUGUUUUUUUGGUGUUUGGGUCUGACUGUGCUUUGGUUCAAAUUAUUAUCAAUUGACAUAUAUUUCUGAAUACAUAGUUUAAUACAAAACAGGGUGGACAGAAAAAUAAAUAACUUCUAAAAAAUUAUAAUCGCUACCAAGUGUCACUGUUGAUCGAUGUAAUAAGUUAGUAGUUUGAACGUCAGAGUUUACGAGUUUAACAUUUUAAGGGUUGCCCUACCUGAAAUAGGUCUAACGAUGUCAUGAGUUACAACUUCAAUCUUACAGCUCGCCCUCAGUAGGUGUAAAGUCCUCCGUAUAAUAGCGGUUGUCAUGGCGCGUUGUUUUGGUAAACGGGAAGAUGAGGAGGAGCGAGCGGCUGUUUUGUUUCUCCGGGACAGAUUCCACUCAUCAGAUAUCUUUAAUAAUUGUGAUUAAUACUCUGGCUUCUGUUUUCCAGGAGCUGAGACACGUUACUGUCCUGCUGGCAGCAGACUCCUUAGAUCACCUUCUGAUUUACAGCUCCUCCUUUACAACAGUUAGCCAGUGUAGCUAUCAUUAUGAUUGUUAUGAUGUUACAAGUCCAUCUGCCCAACAAUAAUAUAAUCAUGUUAUCAUUUAUAUAGUUAAAUUCCCCAUGUUGUAGCUGACGUGUUUUUAGCUGUAGGUUAAUGUCAUAUAUUAUCACCUAAUCAUAACCCUUUGUCCUAGUUUAUGUAACAUUACAUUUAUGUUUGGUGUUUAACGUCACAAACGUUAGCUAUAUUUAGCUGUUAGCAUCUUCUCUAUUGCAGAGCAAAGUGUUUAAAGACAAUUCGGCACAAAGAUACAACACAGUAAUAAUAAUAUUGAUAAUAAUAAACACUGCACCACAGUGCUCUUCACUGAUUGGCCACGAGAAGUGAAACGUCCUUUUCUGCUACAAUAUUUUAGUUUGUGUGGACUUCACACCAAACAGAAAUCUAUUUAAGAAGGUGUCCAAACUGAUUUUAAGAGGUAUCAGGAUGAGGAAGGUGGGGGGGAUAGUUUAAGUUCUAUCUGAGUGACUCUGGGUGGAUAUUUGGGUUUUAUGUAACAGCAUGGGGGUAGUAGUUUGCUAAAUAUUGAUUGAGUGUUAAAUAUUGAUUGAGUGUUAAAUAUUGAUUGAGUGAUAAAUAUUGAUUGAGUGAUGAAGAAGAACAGGUCUGAUCCUCCAUGUUUCAGAGUGUUUCUGUCGGUAUUUUAUGGUCCGGUUAGUUUCACCGCUCAGUUAACUGCUGAUGGAGCGUUAGAGCAUUACUGCUUUUGCUAUGGUUAUGUCAGGGUCCCACCGUCACCAGCACUCACUCCUCUCUCUCUCAUUCUCCAGCACACACUCCUGAUCAGACGCUCCCAGUCCCCUCAGUCCUAAUUACACACACCUGCACCUCAUCAAGCCACAUCCUCAGUUCACCACCUGCAGCUAAUCAACAACCACCUACAUAAGCAGCACAGACACACAUGCACUUUGUCUAGUCUCGUUUCUACACGACGCUCUGACCACUCACCUAUGUCUAGUUCAUCCACGUUCACCUUACCUGUAGUCCUGCAUCCUGUAGUCCUGCAUCCUGUUGUCUGC